AUGAGUCCCUCGCAAGAGAUCGGAGCCACCAUCCCCAACGACACCGCACACGCUGUGUCUGUCACGCUACCCACGUGGGAAGCCACCGUUGGCUACGAAGAAGGAGAGGAAUGGGUUGUUAGCAAGAUGAAAUCCGGGUAUCCUCGGUUCUUCAUCCAUGGGAUCAUUCAAGAGCUCAGUAAGAACAUAGAGACCAAAUACGGAAGAGAGGGAGAAAAGGCCAUGAUUUUCCCCAGUUAUAAGGUGGCCAAGCGGUGUCGAGACUUUAUCAAACGGUACAGUCAAUCGGGUAACAAUGUCCGUAUCUUACAGUUGAGUACUCCACCACCAAUGAAUGAAGAUGAACGAUCUUUUAUUAUUGAGUCGAACAUUGGAGUGUGUUUCUUCCAUGAAGAGGAAUGGCCCAUAGCAAAGCAGUAUUGGCAGCAUUCUGGAGAAGGAAUCAGUUCUAGAAUGGGAGAGUAUCUUUUAAGAGAAUUGUUUCAAAAGGAGAAGACCACCAGGAAGUUGGCAACCUUGAAGCAAGAGCUACAAGUUCAAAGGAUUCAAAGGAAGUCUCCUUCUCUUAGCAAAUCGUUCAGUUCAACCCAAGAAGAAGUUGAUAACGAAUACUUUGCCUUUAUAGAACAGAAAUUCGGUAGAGUGUUGGACUUGAAGUUUGCUCUGGAAGCGAAAAGAGCUUUGAGAAGAAGAAUCUGUGGGAAGGCAGACAAAUCCCGUAAUCAGAUUGAAGAAUUGGAAAAGUCCAAAAGAGGAAAGAGUUUGAGUGAAACAGACGUUUAUUUACUUCCCUCGGGGAUGAAUGCCAUUUUCACUGCUCACCAAGCGUUGCUUCAGUUAUUUCCUAAUCGGGAAUCUGUAUGUUUCGGGUUCCCCUACGUUGACACUUUGAAUAUCUUGAAGAAAUGGGGUCCGGGUGUCCUUUUCUUAGGGUUCGGUGAUGAUAAAUCAUUGGACGAAUUAGAAGAGAAAUUGCAAUCUAAUUCCAUAAGUAUUGCCGGGCUAUUUUGUGAGUGCCCCUCCAACCCCUUAUUGAAGACUCCCAACUUGAAGAGAAUAAGAAGUUUAGCAGAUAAAUAUGAUUUCGUCGUGGUGGUAGACGAAACAGUAGGUAACUUCCUUAACAUUCAUGUUUUACCCUACGCUGAUAUGGUUGUGUCUUCAUUGACUAAAGUGUUUUCUGGAGACUCCAAUGUGAUGGCUGGUUCAUUGAUUUUAAACCCCAAAUCUUCAAAAUACACACAAUUAAAACACUACUUCACCACAGAGUUUGAAGAUAUUUUUUGGGCUGAAGAUGCCUUGUAUUUAGAGAGAAACUCCAGAGAUUUUACAGAAAGAUCAAUAAAAAUAGAUCAAACAACGUUGGAAACAGUUGAAUUAUUCACCAAAUCUCCCUUGAUCUCAAAGGUUUAUUAUCCUACCUUGAGUGCUUCAAAGUCCUACUAUGAUAAUAUCAAAACUGCCAACGGUGGCUACGGUGGACUCUUCUCUAUCUUGUUCCACGACCCUAAUGACGCUAUAUGUUUCUUCAAUACCAUUCAAUUACACAAGGGACCUUCUUUAGGCACAAACUUUACCUUGGCUUGUCCGUAUGCCAUUUUGGCUCACUAUCAAGAGCUAGACGAAAUAGCCCAAUGGGGGGUGGAUAGAAACUUGAUUAGAAUAAGUGUGGGAUUGGAGGAUAAAGAUGUUUUGUUGGAAACGCUACAACUAGGCUUGGAUAAAGCUGCCGCCCAACAUACAUAG